CAAUGGAGCUACAUGAAUUUUUCAUAGUGGUAGCAAUCGCCAUAGGGUUGGUAUCUGUUUGUAAAUCUUUAAUCAAUUGUGUGAGAUGGGUAUGGGUCAUGUUUCUGAGACCUCCAAGGGAUCUCAAGGAGUAUGGAUCAUGGGCGAUCAUCACUGGCUCCACUGAUGGAAUCGGCAAAGCCCUUGCCUUUGAAAUGGCUUCAAAGGGUCUUAACCUUGUCUUGGUUGGCCGAAACCCUUCCAAGCUCGAAGCUACCUCCAAAGGAAUCCGCGAGAACUGUCAUGAACCAGUGAAAGUUAAGAGCAUUGUCAUCGACUUGGCGAAAGUGAGUGGUGAGCAGAUAGCUAAAACUAUAGAGGAAGGCAUCAAAGGGCUUGAUGUUGGCAUUUUGGUUAACAAUGCAGGGGUGACUUAUCCUUAUGCAAGGUUCUUUCAUGAGGUAGAUCUGGAGCUGAUGGAGAGCAUUACAAAGGUUAACAUGGAAGCACCAACUUGGGUGACUAGGGCAGUGCUUCCUGGUAUGCUCAAGAAGAAGAAGGGAGCAAUCAUCAAUAUCGGCUCUGAUUUAUCCGAGGACCCUUCUUUGCCUCUAUAUACACUUUAUGCGGCUUCUAAAUCGUACCUGAAAAUUUUCUCAAGAUGCAUUAGUUUGGAAUAUAAGGAGCAUGGAAUUGACAUUCAGUGUCAGGCACCUCGUUUUGUGGCUACAGAGAUGACUAGCCAUUUGAAGUCACUUCCCUUGUUGAUUGCAUCACUAGAGAAAUUCAGCAAAGCCAGCAUCCGAUGGAUUGGCUAUGACCAUCUAUGUAAUCCUUACUGGUCGCAUUCAGUGCAGGGGUUCAUGAUACAUGCCUGUCCUGAUGCGUUGGUCAAUGCCCUCACCUUUUGGAUGUGUAGUACUUUGAGAAACAGAGGCCAAAUGAAGGAGACACAAUAGAAAGAUGAUGCCUAAAUAAGAAUCCAUUAUAAUUGUAGUACUUGAUUGCAGUACAUACUACGUCUGAAUAUCUACUCAAACAUCACAAUGAUGAGCGAUUAGUAU